GCUGCAACUUGCAGUGGUGAUGUACGUCGGAGGGGCCAGGCCGCCGGUGUCAUGCGAGGAGGCCACGGUGGCGAUUGCUGCACAGUUGGGCAUUCCUCGAUUUCGCUUCUCAGUUCACAAGUUCCAUCCGGAAGACUUCUUGGUGGUGUUCGCGGCGCAUCAGUAUCGCAACUUGGCGUUCGCCGUCCCGUCGAUCGAGCAUCUCGGUGUGAAGUUUUUCAUCAAGCCAUGGCUGCGGCAAGCGCAAGCGACUUCGAGGCUGAUGCGAGUCCAGGUUGACAUUAUGAUCGAGGGGGUUCCGUCGCAUGCGUGGUCUCCGGACACGGCGGCGGAUAUUCUGGGCGGGGCGUGCUUGAUCGAGAGCUUGGCGCCUGAGACGGAGAGUAGGGAGGAUCUGUCGCUCUUCAAGCUUCGUGUAUGGUGCGUAGACCCUGACGAGGUUCCGGUGUUCCGCAGAUUGUGGGUGCCGGAGCCGACGCUGGAGAGGGCGGACCCGGCGGCGCGCCAGCCAGCCUUUCGCCAACUGUUGGAGUAUCCGACGUUCGUGCACAUUGGGCGGAUGCGGGACUUCUCGCCGCCGGAGCUUUGGAGGAGGGCGUCGGGCUCUGAUGACGGGAGCGGGCAGAGCGGGCUCCCGGACAGCUCUGAUGGUUCGUUCCAGGGUGGCGAGUGGGUGGUGCGGCCUGUUAGAAAUAUGCCCUAG